CCGUGUGCGCCUGCGCGUGAAUCGGCAUGCGCAUGCGCUGGGGCCCGGGGAAGUUGUGGACAGUCCGCCGUGGAGCCCAGGACAGGACAUCCGGCGAAGGAGAUGUCGGCCCCAGCACGCCCGAGUCACAACUGGAAGCGGCCGGUCGAGGCCGAGGCCGAGGAUGAUCCCCUGGACCGCAUGAUCUCACGCACCGGCUGUGUGGCUUCCCACCACGCCGUGCAGGAGUGCAUGGCCGAGCACCAGGACUGGAGGCGCUGCCAGCCCCAGGUGCAGGCCUUCAGGGCCUGCAUGAACGCACACCAGCAGCGCCGGCACCAGGAGCUGCAGCAGCUGCAGGACCAGCAGAAAGUUGCCCAGCCCGGCAGCUGAUGGAGAAGAGGCUGCAGCGUGGGACGUGCGUGUGGCCACAGCAGCCGUGCAACUGGCCAGAGAAGGAAGAAAAAGAAACUUCAGAGCCCAGAGGGUCAGACUUCCAGAGUGGGCAGUGGGACCUUUGAUCCCAUGGCCUGGGGGUGGAUAGGGCCAAUUGGGACUUGAACUUUCUGAGCCCAAUGCAUGGAAACACAAAUCUGUGAGCAGGAAAUCCUGG